UUUCCUUAAAACUUUAUUCUACCAAGCACUAUCAACCUCUCAAUACCAGGCAUUAUCCUCCUGCCUUCAUCUGCAAGUGGUAACGACUCUUUACCUUUAGGCAGCCUAGGCAACCGCCUUCCAAAAUCUGCAAAUCCCUGCCACCGAUUUUUCUGAUUUGGCUUCCUUCGUGCCUCAUAAGACUUUAAGAGCGAUUUCUUUCCAUUCUGAUUUCAUUGUCGCUUGGUAUUGGCUAUCUUUAGAGUGUGGACAGCAUCACGUGUGUUCUUGCCGAGAAGCUGCAUGAGCAUAUCGAGUCAUCCCCAGCCUCGUCUUUUCAGCAACAUCAGAGAUUCGAGGACUUAAACAAGAGAAAUUCCCUUUCUAUUUCUCCUCAAAGAACACAAGGGCCCAACGGAAAAUUAUUUUCGAAUUGCAGGUGAAGAGAUAAUUGGUAAAGACAGCUACACAACAAGUCAACCCCACUACACCAAGCACUAUGGCAGGCACCAUGGAUCGGCUCGAGAGACGUAAUCAACUCACCAGACUGCGUGUUGAAUCUCUGGAACGCGGGAAUCUAGUCCUUCCGCCACAUGAAAGAUGGCCCACCGUCAAGAGUGUUCGUCGAUACCAAGAGCGAAAAUCUGGCUCUCCUUCGGCUAGCCAACCAUCAGUGCCUCCUGCAGCAUCUCAGUCUAACGACCAGAACGGCGGCGCAGGCUCGUCAAGUCCCAAGGGCAAGGCCAAGGACACCAAGACCGCUGCAUCUAAGCACACCCCUUUCCCUUUCCCGAUAUCUUCAACCAAGAACAGUAAACCAUUCCCGCAAUUCUCCCGUUUUCCACCCGAGAUCCGCAUCCAGAUCUGGGAACUCGCGCUGCUACUCCCAAGGUUCAUCGAAGCGCAGUUCUGCACACAAUUCUACCAGCCCUCAUUCGUCAACUACGUCGAUCGGCCUGUCUUAGUCUCUGUAUGCCAUGAAAGCAGAGCUAUUGCACUUGCCUCAGCUCCAGAUAUCAAGUCUCUGAAAGCCUUGACUUUCAAACCCCAUCCACUUUACCGAACUCGAUUUCAGUUAGCACGCAACCACCCCAAUCCGGACCUUGCUUCUCACAACAGCAGGGGUCCUGGCGCGGAGAGUCGUCGUCAGCAAGAGCCUAAGCCCAACAGAACCUUACACUUCAAUCCAGAGCGUGACACCAUUUUCUUCCGUUCUCUCGAUUUUCCACAAAACGAGCUUAGUUCUUUCGUGCAUCAAAUCAACGGAAUGAAUACCAUUCAAAAUCUUGCCAUUCCUCUGGAGCUGUGGAAAGGCAUUCCUUCGAAGUUGCAGUGGCACGGCAUUCUUUCGUCUAUGCCAGAGUUGAAGACAGUGAUGUUCAUGGUUGGUUCAAAGGAGAAGUCUUGGAGAGGCAUCCAGCAGAGCAUUGAGCUGAGAGAUGUGGAGCAGUGGUUCGUGGAUGGGAGGAGUAGGGAAGUCCACCGAGGGAACGGCGGGACGAUUGAUGUCAAGGAUGUGGAGCCGUAUUUGAAACGCCUUCUUCCUUAUACGUCUUAUACGUAUGUGGUUACUCGUACGGGGACACGGUCCAGGAGAGCUGUGAGGAGGGUGGUUCAUAUUAGGGUUGUGGCUUGGAAGAGAGAGCGGUCUUGAAUUUAUAGUUGGUUGUUUGCCUUUAUGGCAGGGAGUUUACAUUUAUGGCAGGGAGUUUACAUUUAUGGCAGGGAGUCUACAUUUAUGGCAGGGAGUCUACAUUUAUGGCAGGGAGUCUACAUUUAUGGCAGGGAGUAGGGACUUACUGCAAUGCGUUUGGUUUGU